AUCAACAUCGAGGCAGAGCUCGAUGAUGCAGGGCGGGGAGAGCGCCGGUGGCGCGGCAAAAGAAGCGGCAGCGAACCUCGGCGCGUCAGCGUGGGCGGGCAAGGAGAAGACCGUGGCGGUGGUGCAGGAGCAGGUGGAGAAGGUGAAGGCGCACGACGACCCGGCCGGCCAGGCUGCCGCGGAGGCCAGGAAGGAUGAGCGGUUCGAGGAGGUGGAGGCCGUCAAGCAGGAGGCCAUACUCCACAACGCCGCCGUCGCCAAGAACGGCCGCGCGGCCGCCAUCGUCGCUGACGAGACCGAGGCCCAAGCUGCCGCCGCCGCCGAGACGGAGGCCCGCGCCGUGGACGCGGAGGGCUAG